AUGGCCAUCCUCACAGAGGAGGAACGCGAGAUCGACGCAUACUCGGCUCUAGAGAUUGAGUCUGGCGCGACGGCCAAGGAUAUCCAGCGCGCGUUCAGAAAGAAGUCGCUCAAAUGCCAUCCGGACAGACACCCAGGACCCGAGGCUGCGGCCAUGUUCCGAGUGAUAUCGGUUGCGCUAGAGAUUCUGCUUGACCCAGCAAAGCGCAAGUUUGUCGACACCAAGCUCGAGCAGUCGCGCGCACAGGCGGCGCGGCGCGCAGAGAUGGACGCCAAGCGCAAGGUCGGUGUCGACGACUUGCUGCGGCGCGAAGAGGAGGCCAAGCGCUCGCGCAUGGAUGCCAUCGAACGACGCAAGGCCGCUAUGGAAGAGGAGAGGGUGCGCGAGAGUGGACGCAAGAUGGUGGAGGAGGCAAUGGCCAAGGCGCGCGCAGAUGCCGCAGCUGCCAUGGCGGCGUCUGAGCCAACACCAGGUUCUUCGUCAUCAAGGCCAAAACCCCCACCCAUUGCCCCACUCGACCUUACUCUCUCCCUUACGCUCCCCCCCACCACGGCCCUUGGCACUUCCGAUGCCCUCCGUUCCGCCUUGGCACCGUACGGCCGCGUCUCGGACGUUGUUGUUCGACCCGCUGCGCAGAAGGAAGGCAAGAAGGCAAAGGGCCCGCGUGCGAUUGUCGAGUUUGCGCCCGGAAACUGGGGCGGAUGCUGGGCAUGUGUCCGUGACCAUUCGGGCGGCGACGGUGCCACUCCGAUCGAGAAGGGCGUCAAGGCCAAGUGGGCAGCGACGGAACCCGAGUGGCUCAAGUGGGCCGAGAACUACGCCAGUCCCGCAGAGCGCAAUAGCGCGACUAAGACCGCACCCACGACAAACGGCACAGCUUCAUCGGCACCCACACCACCUGCAUCGACAAGCACCACCACCACAUCAGCUGCAUACUCAUCAGCACCGUCAUUCGCAUCUGCGCCUUCCUUCUCUUCCGCACCGUCAUUCUCGUCCGCCCCGGACUUUGGCGACCCCAACGCUGCUGUGCGCGAACAUGAGAGGGCCCGCGCUGCCAAGAUUGCGCAAGAGGAGCAGGACACCGAGCUGCGUGCCGCUUACGAAAGCGCCACACUUCUGCGGAUGCGCCAACGUGAACGAGAGAGGCUGGCAGAGCAGAUUAGGCGCGAGGAGGAGGAAGAGUAG